AUGGUCAGAGUUCGGAAUCGAAAUGACCAGUUGAACUUCCUCAAGUUCACCGCCAUCGUCGCCGAUGAAUUUCCGAAAGCCUUGCGUCAGACCUUCAGACUCAUGUGGGACAGGAAAUUUGGACCAGUAGAACUCUGGGAUGACUCUGAGGCCGUGAGGAAAUCCUUCAGGGGUAAAGAGCAUCGCAAAACCAAAGUUCCUACCGAUCAGUCGUACGAGGAGUGGGAUUGCACAGCAUUGUUUCAGGCCACAAUUUUUGCGCAGUCCUUUGCCUUACCUGACAGUACCGGCAAAUACCAGACCCUCAGUGAUCUGUACGUGAAACCCCUUGGGUUAGCGCGUGGAGAUUUCCACGCAUCUGUGGUGAGUUCGGGCGGAGACUAUUAUCAAACCGCCGCUUUAGCGAUUGACCAGCUUCGCCUUUUAAGAAACUCGUUGUUUCAUUCAGCCAAAGGUGAGAUGAGCAAACGAACAUUUAACCAAAACUUGAAGCGUGUCAAGGAUACCUUCAAGGCUCUUGGUCUGAAGACAGACGAGAUUGAUGCCAUUAGCAGCAAGGUCGGCUUUUCUACAAGCGAAGUCGCCAAAUUGAAGCGCAAGAUCCGGAACAGGAACAUGGCCAUAGUAGUAGGAGUAGGUAUAGGAGUAGGUUUAUUAUAA